AUGUCUAUGAACCUUUCUUUGUUCAUGGCUUCCUCCGCCGAUCAUUCCCUUACUCAAGAGACACAGAAACAUCGAAAUUCAAACACCGCCUUUGCUCUUCGCCGAAGAAGUACUCAUACGAAAUAUUAUGGUUAUAGCUCACCUGUGAAUUUCAGACAAGGUUUCGUGAAAAAUGAGGUUUCUGCCAGGAAGCUCGCAGCUGGUUUGUGGCAGUUGCGGUUUGUUGAGGUCUCUGGUGAGUGCGGCGAAGAUGUUAUCCGUGAUGGGUCAUUUCGAUCUUCAAAAUUUAAGCUUGAAGCCUAUAAGCCAUUGAUCAAAUCUUCAAAAGAAAAAGAAACAGAAUGGAGCCAUUUACUCAAUAAAGGGUCCAAUGAGUCUACAAUAGCUCAUUGGAGGAAGCUUCUAGACGAGAGAAAAUUAGUUGAUGAUCAACAUGACUCGAUUGUCACCGUUCUUCUCGAAGAACUCCUUCGAUCACAAAGGAUGGUUAGAAAAUUUAAAGCCGAAAAGAAUUCCUCUAAGAAAAAAGCUAGAGAGGAAAAUGUGUUAUGGAAAUGCAAAGAACAGAAGAAGAUUGAAAAAAAGUUAGAUGAGUUAGAGGAUAGGUUGAUGAAGGAGAGAAGAAGUAGAGAGAAGAUGGAGAUUUUGAAUACCAAAUUGUUGAAGGAAUUGGACAAGGCGAACGAAUGCAUUGAUCGGUUUAGGAAAAACUACGAAAAGGAAAAGAGAAAAAGAGAAUUAACCGAAAAAGUGUGUGGUGAAUUGAACAAUCAAAUAGAAGAAGACAAAGGUGAGAUUGAGAAGCUAAUGAGGGAAGCAAUGAAACUUUACAAGGAAGUUGAAGAAGAGAGGGAGAUGGUGAAAAUGGUCGAGCUAUGGCGCGAAGAACGCGUGCAAAUGAAGCUAGAUGACGCGAAGAAUCUUAUCGAAGAGAAAUAUAAUCAAAUGGUGGAGUUGAUUGCUUAUCUACGAAGGUUUCUAAGAUCAAAAGGCGACCAAGUUAGCAACGAUGAAAUAGAGGAUGCUCGGUUGAUUGAACAGGUGGUUGAAUCGGUUAACAUUCGACAAAUUCUAGAACUUUCUUAUAAUUUCUCUAAAUCAGAUGAUGUAUUUCCAAUCUAUGAGGAAUGUAGUGAAGAAACUGGCAAGUUAUAUCCUUCUCCUGCCUCUAAUCAACUAAGAUUGAUUCGCAACGACGAAAAAGCAAUUUCUGUCACAAAAUAUUCUCAACAUGGAAUGGAUUGUCAUGGUUGGUACAAACAAAAGGAGUGCAACAUGAUUGGUGAAGAUUCUAUUGAAGGUAGCUUCAAACACUUUGAAUUAUUGGGACAAGGAAACUCAAGAGAUAGCAAUAACCCUCACAUAACUCGUGGGAUGAAAGGAUGCAUAGAAUGGCCAAAAGGUAUUAAAACUAAUUCCAAAGUUAUUAUUCCUUUGGAAGAAAGAGUGAAAAGCCAGAAAUCUCAGUUGCAACACAUUCUUAAGCCAAAGGCUUUUUAA